CUCAGUGAAUCCACUAGGAUAUACAUUACCUUAGAUUUGCUUCUCCCUAGUGGUGAGGUUUGGCAUAACACACAUCACACAUCUCACACGUCACACACACACACAGACACACACCUGGUCUCUUACGAUAAAUUGUUUAUAAUCCGUGCCACUAACCUACACUCUAUAUAGGCUACAAUAAAUCAUUUUAACUGCCUCGAAAGCACAUUUGCCCGCCUGUUUAUCUGUUCAUCUGACAUGGUAUUAUUAGAAGAGGUCACACUGGCAGUAAACCGGAGGCGUGCACGCCUGCGCGCUCACGACCUGUGCGUGUGAAUUUCCUUCUUGUCACUCACAUGUGUUACAGAGCGAUAGAGAAACUUAAACAGUCGCAGCGUUAGCAGCGAAAGAGGAAGGAAAAUGAAGAUGUACUUUUCAACGGUGGUGAUAUUUACAGGUUGGAUGAUAUUUGUUGGCAGCACAACUGGCACAUCGACAAUAGCAGCAACUACAGCAUCUAGUUCAUCGACAUUGCCUUCUACGAACACAGCAUCAGCAAUUGUCACUGAGGGACUAAAAACGGAUCAGUCUUCCCCAACGGUCAGUACAAAAGAAACAACAACUGAUAUACCUGUGAUUUCCACGAGCACUACGAACGACUCUACAUCAGCUCAGACAACAUCAAAUACAACCUCUAGCGUUAAUACUAACUCUUCAGCAACUGAGCUCACCAGCGUAGUCAACAAUGCGACUAACGCGUCGACCACAAUCUCAACGAGUUUGGUGACUGAAACUCCUGCAACAUCCUCUUCUGCGAGUCUUACCUCAAAGAAAACAACUCCUGCAACAUCAUCUUCAGCGAGUAUUACCUCAAAGAUAACAACUCCUGCAACAUCAUCUUCAGCGACUAUUACCUCAAAGAAAACAACGCUGGGGAGCACGGCAGAGGUUACAUCUACGGUAACUAUUACAACUAAACCGGUGUCCUCUUCUACAAGAGCAACAACCGAGGAAAAGAAAACCAUCUCAACACAAGACAAAAACAGUGCUGAACAAGAAAAGAAGGACCCAGAGGCCUUGAGCUCAGCAAGUGUCGCUGCCAUCGUAAUUGGCUUCCUUGUCAUUGUAUUAAUCUUACUUGGUGGGGCGUACUACUUCAAGAUGCGACGUUCUUCUUACGGACGCCUUUUGGAUGAUACUGAUCACAGCACUGUGGGGAAUUUUCUCAACCCAAUGUUUGAUGGUUAAAAAGGGAAGUGUUCAUGAAGAAACAUUCAUUUCUGAGGAACAACCUACACACAUUUCUUUAGCAAUGAAUACGGUGGCAUCAGAUUCUGUAUUUUGGCCUCAAAAUUCUUCGUCAAUCUUCAUCUAAAUCAUCUAAACAUAGAUCAUACGCUGAAGAGAAUCAUCAAGAAGUUUUUCGAAUGUACACUCUUAAGAAUAAAGGUUCCAAAAGCAGGAUCUCACAGUGAUGCCAUAGAAGAGCCAGUUUUGUUUCCUCAAAGAAUCCUUCAAGAUGUUUAGAACCUUUUUUUCCAGUGGAAUGGAAAGGUUCCAUAGAUGUUUCUACGUGAAACCAUCAAUGCCAAUACGGAACCUUUAUUUUUAAGAGUGGCGAGACUUUCUGAAAGAUUUACUAUGAAGGCUGGAAGUGAUGUCCUAGAAAUUUAAUUUUUGUUUGUUUGUGAAAUGUAUUUUCUUAUUGUACUGGGUAUAUUUUCUGACUAACUAGUUUACUCUGAUUAAAUGCGCACACUGUU